UCGCUGGCGUCCCAACCCACAAACUCAGAGCAGAGCGCAUCCCGAUCCCGCACCGCCGCCCACGCAUCUCGAGUAGUUUCCAGCUCGCCGGAGAAGGAGCAAGAAGAUGGCCGGAAGGAAGGGAGGCGACAGGAAGAAGGCGGUGACCAGGUCCGUCAAGGCCGGGCUCCAGUUCCCCGUCGGCCGCAUCGGGCGCUACCUCAAGAAGGGCCGCUAUGCCCAGCGCGUCGGCUCCGGCGCCCCCGUCUACCUCGCCGCCGUCCUCGAGUACCUCGCCGCUGAGGUCCUGGAGCUCGCCGGCAACGCGGCCAAGGACAACAAGAAGACCCGCAUCAUCCCGCGCCACCUGCUGCUCGCCGUCCGCAACGACCAGGAGCUCGGCAGGCUGCUCGCCGGCGUCACCAUCGCCCACGGCGGCGUGAUCCCCAACAUUAACUCCGUGCUGCUCCCCAAGAAGUCCCCCGCCGCCGCCGAGAAGGAGGCCAAGUCGCCCAAGAAGAAGACCUCCACCAAGUCCCCCAAGAAGAAGGUCGCUGCCAAGGAGUAGCCGCCCCCAUAGACUACUGUCGUGACAUUACUUAGGUCCAUAUCAGGGAGAGGAUGAGGAGAUUUGGUUGUUUGGAUCCUGUAUGUAAUUGCCUAGUUGUAGUGGCACUUUCAUUGGUUUGAUGAACGGGCCAGUCAGGGCUGUAAUUUAUCCCUAAUUUAUGUCUGGAAUGGCUAAAGAUGCAAUCCUUUCAA